CAAUCCCAAUCCCAAUCCCUCUCUUCUCUCAACCACUUCUCCGCCUUCGAUAUUCGCUUCAAUUUCCUUUCUUUCUUUUCUUUCAUGUUUCUCUGUUUCACUGCUUUUGGCGACAAUUGGCGGGAACCAACUGUGGAUUCCUAUACCCUUUGAUUCCAUUCACAAGGUUGGCCUCUAAAGAUUCAUUCUUGGAAUCUUCUAAGAAAAGGGUGCGUUUCGUUUCAAUGGCUACCUAUCCUCCUCCUUCCUCCUCCUUCUCGCACUUCAGUGCUUGGAACCAUGUUGUUCCAUCACCAUCUUCCUCAUGCAGCUAUGGCGGGAAUUCCAUGGCUCCGACCGCUUCUGCUUCGGCCAUAGAGCAGACUCCGAGGCACAUUCCUGGUGUAGCAGUUGAAUGGAACCUUGAAGAACAAGCUAUUCUUGAAGAUGGACUUGCUAGGUAUGCUGGUGUUGGUUCUAACGUAACAGUCUAUGCGACCAUAGCACAACAGCUGCAAGAUAAGACAGUUAGGGAUGUGGCGCUUCGAGUUCGGUGGAUGAAGGAAGUAAGCUAUAAAGAAGAAAACAUUCAAAAUAGCAAGAAGAGGAAGGAUGAUCUUAAGUUAACCAAGAAAAGUAGAAAUAGAAAGGAGAAAGUUUCAGGCCGUGCAGUGCCUUCUUCUCGCCUUGUUGCUCGAUCCGAUGUUGCCUCAUCAGUGCCACGAAUGGCUACGAUGAAAAGUACUGAUUGUACUUCUUACAAAGCAAUUGGAGGUCUAAUAGGUACACUCAUGGAGCAAAAUGCACAGGCCUUCAACCAACUCUCAAAAAAUCUUGCUUCUCGUAUGCAUGGGAAGAAUAUUGAGAUUUUUCACCAAGUGAGAGAGAACUUCAAUAAAAUUAUGAAAGAUUUGAAUGAAACACCAGACCCAAUGAGCCUAAUGCCACCCCUUCCUAAGUUGCUUGCGUUAGAUGAGAUGGAAAAGUUAUCCAACCCCAAACCGCCAUAUACCCCUAUGUUUCAAGAAACGGAUUUCAUUUUGUUAUAGUGUUACUGUAAUUUCGAGAAUAAGGUGUAUGGGGAUAGUUAUCUUAUGAUGAGUUGCCAUGCACUUUAGCAGAGUUAAAUCAUUAAAACUUAAAAGAUUAAAAUACAACUGUCUCC